CCCCUGGCAAAUUAGGUGCUAAAGCUUUACACAAAGCCUCAGCCCACACGAUACAAGAUUUGUGUGAAUUAUGAGAGGGAGGUCGGUCGCUGGUGAUGCUGAUGCUUUGUCAUGGAAGGUUGAUAAGAUCUCUGGAGAUCUCUAACGCCACUAGGGUCGAAUAAUUGAGAUCAGUGUUCAGCCGAGAUUUGGAGCAACCACUUGUGUGUGCUCUCGCCUGGUUUAAAAAAAAAAGGUUCUUAGUGAUCGUAGUCCUGACACUCAAGGAUCUACUGAUAUAAAGUUUUCAGUAUUUUUUUCACUUAGAAGAUAUUUUAGUUAAUAAAAGUGGACGCAAAUAAACUUUUUGCUAAGCAGUGAAUCGAUUGAAGUUGAAAGUGUUCUUGAAUUGGAGCUACAAAAACUAAAUAGAUUCCUAAUGAAAAAUCGAAACCGAUUCGUAGUGCCAAACUAAUACAAAAGUAAUCAAAUCCGAAGGCAUUAAAGCCAAUGCGAUUGAGCGCGGCUGGAAGUCAAUAAAAAUAAAUACAUAAAAGCAAGUUGUGGUCCAGGAAAUAAUGUCAGCAACCACGAGUCCAGCCGAAUCAUCUACUGCCACGGGCGGCCCCACCACAACCACCUCCACCGCCGCCGCAACAGUAACCAAUGCGAUUGUGAAGACAGUGGAGGCCAUAAUUAGCAGCACGGCUCCAGCAGCCAGCCAAAGUCCCAGUCCGAGCCCCAGUGGCUUUUCAACGCCCACUCAAUCGCCCACUUCCUCAUCCACUCCCACGACGACAGCCUCCAUGGGCGGCCCGGAAGAGAAACUCAGCGUGCAGGAUUUGAGCCAGACACUGCAGCACUUUGGCGUAGUUGACUAUUUGGUGUUCAUAGCCAUGCUGGCGGUAUGCGCCGUCAUCGGGGUCUAUUUCGGCUUCAUCGAAAAGAAGCAGAAGGCAAAGAAGAAGGGACAGCUGGCCGGCAAGGAUGGGGCUGGCGCGGCCGGAGUCGAGGAGCGGCGCGGCUCCGAGGCAUUGGAUUACCUGGUGGGCGGUCGUCAAAUGAAAGUGUUUCCGGUCGCGCUGUCACUAGUGGCCAGCUUCGUCUCGGGCAUUUCUCUUUUGGGCACCUCGACGGAAAUCUAUGUGUAUGGCACACAGUACGCCUUCAUCCUGGUGACCCUGGCCAUCUCGGGCGCCAUCUCGUGGUACAUCUUCCUGCCGGUGUUCUGCAACCUGCAGCUGACAUCCACCUAUGAGUACUUUGAGAGACGUUUCAGCAGGCGAAUGCGUUUGUUUGGGGCAGCCCUGUUCGUCCUGAAAGCGAUUGUGUGGCUACCCAUAGCUGUCUACGUUCCGGCCCUUACCUUCAACCAGGUGACUGGAAUUGGGAUUCACACCAUCACACCCAUUGUGAUCGUCAUUUGCACCUUUUACACCUGUGUGGGUGGCCUCAAGGGCGUUGUCUACACCGAUGUGGUACAGAGCGUGAUUAUGUAUGGAUCCCUGAUUGUUAUCAUGAUUAAAGGAACUUUAGAUUUGGGUGGAUUCGGUGUUGUCUGGCGGCGCAAUCAGGAAGGUGGACGUCUCAAUACGCCAGAUUGGACUAUGGAUCCCACCGUUCGGCUGAGUGUGUUCUCUGUGUUUGUGGGCGGUGUAAUCUUCAAGCUUCAGAGCACUUCCAUCAAUCAGGCCACAGUGCAGCGUUUCAUGUCUCUGCCAUCACUGAAGCACAUCAAACAAACCCUUUACACCUUUUCAAUUGGUCUGAUUCUGCUCUACUGUGGCUGUAUCUAUAUCGGUUUGGUGUGCUAUGCCACCUACUACGACUGCGAUCCCAUGUCAACAGGUCUGGCUGGACGUCGGGAUCAGCUGGUACCUCUGCUGGUAAUGCGCGUCUUGGGUGUUGUUCCUGGCCUGCCAGGACUUUUCGUUUCGGCUGUCUUUAGCGCAGCCUUGAGCUCACUUUCCACGUUGCUAAACUCUUUGUCCGCCGUUAUCCUGGAGGACUUUGUACGCCCCAAGAUGGGAAAAUCGAUGAAAGAGAGUCAUGUGGCUCUGACUAUGCGUUUGGUGGUGAUCAUCUUUGGAAUUAGCUCUAUUUUUAUGGUCUAUGUGGUGGAGAAGCUGGGCAUGGUGCUGCAGUUGUCGGCGACACUCCAGUCGAGCUUGUACGGGCCCAUGUUGGGCGUUUUCACGGUUGGGAUGCUAAUGCCUUGGGUGGGCGAAAAGAGCACUUUUGUGGGAAGCAUUUGUGCAUUUUUAACCAUGGCCUGGAUAGCUGUCAACGCUCAGAUCGCCAAUGUCACAGGAUCCUUCAGACACAAAAAACUACCUGUCUCCGUUGAGAAUUGCGACUAUGAGUUUGAUAUGAAUCGAUACCUCAACUCUACAUCGGAACAGGAGCAUCACAGUGGAUCCUCUGUGUACCACGUUUCGUUCUUGUUAUACGCCAUGUUGGGUGCAUCGCUCACAAUUAUCAUCGCGAACCUGGCCACAUUCAUAUUCGGUCGUCAGGAUGUCAAGGAUGUAGAUGAGGAACUUCUCGCUCCAUUUGUUCAACGAUAUUUGCGAAAGAAUAAAUAUUAUGAGGGUGUGGAGCUGAAGAAGAGAACUAAUAAUUUAUAAAGUACAGUACAAAAUACCGACUACACAAUAAGCUGGAGAAAAAUUCACUUAUAAAUUAUGUAAUUGCGAAUGUGUACACUCGAACUAGUUUAAACUUUUCCGGGCAUUUGGUUCUUAAUAUUAUAUUGAAAAUUUG